AGUGAAAUGAGGCAGAUCAAGAAUGAAGAGAAGGGGUUUUUUUAAACUAUAUUGAAAUGCAGUACAACAUGCCAAAUAUCACUAAAUAACCUGAAAUUUUUCAGAGCUUGCUCCUCACUGAAAUCAGAAAUAGUUGAAAGUGAUGAGCUUCUUACAGAUCUGAGUUCUCAAAACUAAAUCUAAACACAGUCAGUGUUACCUGCAUGAGCAAUCUCACUAUGGAAGUGAAAAGCCUGGUAACAUCACAGCCUACAGUGCCUUUUUGGAGCCAAACAAGAAAGAAGAUCCUAGUUAAAAAACAUCCCAAAGUACUACUUCCCAAUUCUUAUUCCCAGUUCAUGAACAUGAUAAAUACAUCACUCAGUGCCAAAAGUUAGCAGAGAGUUAUCGUUCAUGCUUCUAAAAAUCUUGUAAUCCAACUUUUAGUUAUUAUGCUUUGAGGAUCAUGUCAAUUUGAGUAUCAUUUUUCAUUCACUUAGGGUUAGGGUAAGUCAAAUUACGAAGACAUUUUGUUUCUAAAAUUGUACUCAAAGGAUUUACUUCCUAUAGGAAAUACUGUAAUACUAAAUUAAACUCAGAUAACUCCAUCUGCAUCCAUAUUGAAGUUUCAGGAUGGAAGCUGUUGCUCUCAGAAGACUAGAACACUCAACACUGGCACAAUUAAGGUUCCUUCUUGCUGAGCUAGAAACUCAGGACUUUUCUGCUUGGUACUGAUGGGGACCCUCCACUGCUGGCCUGGAAUUAAAAGGAGAUUAAAGACAUUUGCACUCAUCAGACUUGCAGAUUUGAUAUUCAAGAAAACUAGAGUAAUAAUUCCUCUCUUCAUAAAAAUAUCUUUAUUACAAACACAGCUUCAAAAGCAGAACUGAUCCUUCUCUGACACGGUAAUUUGGAGGAGAAGGAUCAUUUCCUCUUGCAGGAAAACUAUGAUAACUGAAAAGAGCCAACUGGUGAGUUGAUUGUGGAGAUGCUUAGGAUAUCACAAAAGCCAUUUCAAGCUUACUAAAAAGCUUUCUAAGAUCGAUGAGACCUAUUUUUCCAUUUCCCUAGCAAGUCUUGCAUAAAAUCCAAUUAGAUGCUGAAGAAAUAAUACAAAAUUAAAAUAAGCAUUCAAACAAACAACAAGAACCCAUAAAUGAGCUAUUUGAGCACUGUGCCUUACUAUAAAAUGUUAAUUUAUACAUAUACUUGAAUUAAAUAAUUUGCAUUUAACACUGGUUUUGACCACAGGAAACAUAGAAAUCAAAGAUUCUGAGAAAAUUAUUUGGGGGGGAUAAUAUUAUUAAUAAAUAAAAUAUUUUUUAAAGUAAUACUGAAUAUACUUUAAUAAGAAGGCUUAAAAUUUUAUCUCCAAAGCUGAAAACUUUUUCUCUUCCUCUUGUUAAUGCUUUGAAAUACCGCUUCUAAAAAUAUUUACUCCCCAUCUGUUUCUGGUUAGGUUUUUCAUCUGUGGCAUAAAGAGUGAAUAAUCAUGUGUUGCAGCUGUGAAGGAGACAAAAUGAUGAUGCUUCUCUGCCAGAGUACUGUUUGUCUGCCACACAAUCCAACUGCUUGGGACACUAGGCAGUCCAAGCAAGCUGAAUUAUUGCCAUUCAGCUGCACAUGCAAGCAGAAGCUCUCUGGAUGUUUUAGACAAAAAUGCCAAAAUUAAUAUGACUAAAUCACAGGUUCUGCAAAAUUACAGAGGAGCAAGCAUUCCAUUUUCUCUGAAGGUGGCCAAGUACUAGACAGGCAGAUGUGAUCGAAAAAGGUCGGGGGGUUAUUAUUUGGAGAGAUGACCCAUGAUUAUGACAAGUUCAUUGGAACAUUUUGCAGCCCACUGCUGUUAGAGAUCAUCAAUCCUCUUUCAAAGCAAUUGUUCAUACUACAGCUGGAUAUUCAACUUAUAUUUGGUCCUUUGCAACCUGCUUUAAAAAUCAGCUUUAUUAGCUGCUGAGUGGUUCCUGAUCAAUUCCUGUGGAAAGAUUAUUCAGAAAACUAUCAGUGAGCUAAAUUCAAAAUACUGAACUGCACCUAAAAUAUAUUAGACUCCCUCUAGCUGUACAUCAGAGGCAUCAAAGUUAGAAAAAUUGCACUGGCUAUACUAAUAAUCUGCUUAAAAUAAUUUACAAUGGCAGCAUGUAUUUUUAAAUUCUAGUGAGUCAAAGAGAGCUUUAGACAUUUCUAGAUGUAAGAGGCUACUCACCCGCACCAGACAGAACUGCAGCUAAAGGUGCUAUUAUUUAUUUUUUGCCUGAAAGCCCACAUUUAUUGAAUCCUCCAAACUUCCUGAGAAAUGCAUAUACACACAUCCCAAUAUAUCUGCUGGAGGUUUUUGUCUCCUCCAUGAAAUUUUAUCUCUAUACCCUCUAUAUUUCAAGACUCAUACACUGACAGAGGCUUACAAUCCGUGUUUGUCUUCACCUGUGAUUACAACAGGGCUUAGGUUCUAUACAUUGCCAGGUUUCUUUUCCUCAGUAAGCCUUUUCCCCUAGUUUAUUUGUCUAUUUGCAUCACUUAAUCUCUUUGCCUUCCAUUUCUUUUUAUUUUUUCCUCCCUCAUUCAAAUGUCCACAUGACAAAAUUCACUUCAUUAUCAUUGAGCUUAAUUCAGACUAUACUGCCAGCUUCAUAACUAGUACAUAUAUCACAUGACAGUUCAAUUCAGUGUAUUUAUACUGUUGUUCAAAAUUUUCCUUGUACCCUAGCUGCACAUUGUAAAUUCAUAGCAAGGACUUUAUUACUGAUGACAACACAAUGAAAAUUUUUGCUUUGAGAAUGCCCAGAACAGUAUGCUCUCAAUGGAAAUCCCACACUUGUGUAUUUAAAAUGUAUGUAUUAUGGAUAGAAAAUAUUAUUAUAUGACACAGACUGUGGUACCAAUUCCAAGAUUUUGCAUUUAUUUCUAAUUUAUUUUGUGUGUUACUUUGCAAUCUCACCACCUUUUCUUUUUCUAAGAAACACUCAAAUCAGAUUUACAUAGUUUUGCAUACCCAUAUACUUAAAACACUAAACAUGUAGUUCCUGUAAUAAAAAUGCUACUGUAAUGAACCCACUAAUAUAUUACAGUCAAGUAGAUUAAGAGCUUGGUCUUUAAAGCAACUGUGACAGUAGCUAGAACUUCACCAAGUUUCACCUUUCUUCUCUUACAAAUUUGCACAUUGCAAUUCAGUUGGCUCAGUUGAGCCUGUGCAAUUACAAAGGUCUGUAUAGAAACCAAAUAAUCAGAGUCCUAUUCCAAGAGCUGGGGAAUGUGAACUUUUUCUAGAGAGCAUGAAAACAGCAGUAGGCUGAGUUACUGCUUCUCAUUUCCUCACUCAUAACUCACCCGUGUCUGCCUUAGCUGAGCACCUCACAUCAGCACACAGGAUUACAGAGGAACCUGGGUUGGAAGGGAUGUUUGGAGGUCACCCCAUCCAACCCCCUACUCCAAGCAUACCUAUUAGAUCAGGGUUUUCAGGGCAACUUUCUUUCCAUUCUGUGUUUCUUUCCAUUCUCUCCACUCAUCCAGCCACAUCCUCCUUCAUGCCUUUGGUUCCCCACAGUGUUACUUUUUGCUACUGGGGAGCCAAAGCAGUUCGUGAGAAUGAGCAGAGCAGUCUAUGGACAGGAGGGGAAUGAGGAUGUGGUGGAGCAGAUAAGGGUUAGCAGGAGGUGGAGGAGGAGAAAGAAGGGUGGGAGGAGGUACUGGGGAGACCAAGGUUAUGCAAAGGAUUGGGGAAGCGGCUUUGUGGUAGGAAGGAAUGCAGUUUCUGUGCCUUAAGGGUUCCCUCUGAGCUUCUGUUUUAACUCCCCAGCAGCAGAGCAGCAGUGCUUUAGGUAAAAGAAGCCCUUUGACCACUGGUACCUUUGUGCAGAAUGCUUCGAUUCCUCUGCCUUAUGCAAAGUGAAGAAUGUUUGGGUGCUGAGCUGGGCAUUUGCGUAUACAAAUCAGUUUGGGUUCUUUUAGAUUUACCUAAGUUUCUGAGUUUUGGGUGUCUGCUUUCAGAAACAUAAUUUUAGAUUUCUUCUCUAGAUAUUCCCUAUUCCCUUUUUUCCCGCUCACCCACACUGUGCUUUCCUAUCUCUGCCAGCCUGAGCUAUCAAUUCCCAGCUCUUUGUUCAGCUUUUCUCCAUGCUUAGAUUCAGCCAGUAGAUGCCUCCAUAUUUAGUAGAUUCCAAUUGCUUUAUUCUCAAUGUCCUUUUUCAACUUUGGCCCAGGUAGUUCAUUGCUUCCUCUAAAGUCAACUUUUCUCACAUAUGCAUCCAGUCAGCUUCUCUUUAUGUGAAUGGUUCUCAGUUCCAAAUUAUUUGUUCAGCCAUUUAUAGUUUUCCAUCCCACAUCCUCUUAUGGUUUCAGUCUUGUCACCAGUUCUCUUCCCUCCGCCCCAUUUCUAUCCCAGCUCCCCAUCUAAUACUCCUGUCCUUUGAGAAUCUAUUUCAAAUCCCUCCCAUAUUACCUAGAAAAACCAAUUUUCUCCCCCAAUCCAUCUUUCAAUCCCACAUUUUUAUUUCCUCCUCCCUCUCAAAUUGGUGUGAUCCCUUCCCUCUCUGAAGUUCCAACUAUUUGCCCCCCAACCUUUAUUUUGAUGUGCCUGAGGGAGAUAAUAUCUGGAGCACAGGACACAAAGCCUGCUUGCUUUUGGUUCAAGUGUCUGGAUUAAGUUCAAGUCCCACAUUAGCCCUGACAUAAAGGCAUAGAAAACUCUGAUGACCCCUGAACUGGACCCCACUGACGAAAAAAAUAACUUCUUCAGAGAAUGGAAUGUAGAAAGUUCUCAUGCAGAUUGCAUUUUUUCCCCCAUAGUCUAGAAUAUGCAGCGACUCAAGCUGUCUGUCAUGAAGCCAGUUAAAAGAAUAUCCCUGAAAUGAAAGCAAGUUGCUGUCAAAUAUACUGAAAGAAGUCAAAUAUAGAGUACAAAGAGUAGGGAUACAAAAUGGUUGUGCAGAGGAAAGCUCAAAUAAGCAGGACCAGCAUUACCCAAUACUCCUAAAUCCCUGUAAACUCAAGUUCUGUCAGUAAGGUCAAAUGGCUUUGCUCUGUACAAACCCACACUCUGUGAUUCAAAAACUCAAAGGAAACAGUGAGGAUUAGGUUGGAUAUUGGGAACAGAUUCUUCACCCAGAGGGUGGGUGGGCACUAGAACAGAGCUCCUAGGAAAGUCACAGCAGGAGCCUACCAAAGUUCAAGGAGCAUCUGGACAACGCCCUCAGGCACCUGGUGUGAAUACUGGGGCUGUCCUGAGCAAAGUCAGGAGUGGGAUUUGAUGAUCCUUGUGGAUCCCUUCCAGCUCAGGAUAUUCUGUGAUUCUAUGAGCACUUCAGUGGAUGAGUCCUGCUGGGCCUGUGCUCUGCACUGAGCCACCUCAGCUCUCCCACCAGCGCUGUCCCACCAUUGGCAACAGUGAAUCUGCAGCCACUGAGGCAAUUUCACUGCCUUGUCCUCAGAAACUGCCGAGCCACUGAGGAGGUGGUAAAUUCGUGACACAAAGAGGCAGAGAAACAAAUAAACAGAAAUAGAGACAAGAAAUUAAAUGGCAUAACAGAAACUACCAGGAAAAGAAGCCUUAAAUAGAAAAGUAAUAUAUAGACUUUCUGCCUGGAUAGCUACAUUUGGGCAGAGUCGCAGGCACCUAAAUACAUAGCCUUUUAAUAAGAAGUUAGGUAGUCUUUUUAGGAGGUGAUGUUAACUUUGGCUAUAGAUGAUAAAUCCUUGGGUUUCUCUGUAGUUAUCCAAAAUUGCACAGCCUGUCACCACAGGCCACCAAUUUCUGUCAUUUUUGAACUUGAUUUUGAAUUAUGUGGUGAAAGACACUGUAUGAAGCACAGAGCAAUAGUUUCAGUAAUUCUUCUGACAAGGAAGAAUUUUCCCUCUCACUCACUUUUUAAGCACAGGCCCUGAGAUAUUUAUUACAUGUUGCUUCACUGUUCUUGUACAUUAGUUUCAUCUGAAUACAGGAUGAAACAUCACACACUUGCUAAACAAUUAUCUAGUGUUGCAGUACACUAAAAAGUAGUUAUCACAAUCCACUACACAUCUGUUUUGGGUCAGUGUAACCAUUGAAAUUAUAUGUUUUAUUUGCAUAUCAGUUUUGUUAUUAAAAGUAGUAAUAUCAUAUCAUAUCACGUAAUAUUACAUAAUGUAAUAUAAUAUAGAAAAUGCUAGAAAAAAGUUUUCUAUUGCAACAAUGCUGCCACCUGGUAACCUAAUGUGUAAUAGCAGACAAAACAUUAAUUUUUCCCAGUCUUGAACAUAGCAAUAUAAUUGAAAUAUUACUUUAAAUAACAUAAAAAAUCACAAAAUCUGCAAAGAGUUUCUAUUGGAUUGGGAUCAUUUCCCUGCAUCAGAUUAAAUCCUCAUAGCUGUGUUUCAUUGUGGGGAAGAAGUGAGACACAAGACCUUUGAAAGGUUUCAAUUGAAAGCAAAUAACCCAGAUUUCCUGACUCCCAGUGAAAUACCUCGGGCAUAAGACAGUAGCCAAAUACAUAUCAUGGUAACUGGUGCUCCACUAGAAACACAGGCAAUGGAAAAUAAACACAGGUGACAUCCUGCCCAUCUUCCUCACUCAUCCAUAAAAAAAUUGCUUCAAGGGAAGGGGAGGAAGUAUUUGGCCUCAAAUCAGAAGAGAUAUCAGCAGUGGUUCUUGCACGUUCACAUUUGUCCUAUCAGCCUACUGAGAGAGUCAGAUGUGAAAGACAGACACAGAGUACAGUGACUGAUGAGCGGCUUGCACACUGGUCUAUUCUGAACUUCAUGCCAAAAGAUGACAUAAUUUUAAAAUUAGUUUUCCACAGGAUAGUAAAGCUGGCGGGGGGGGAAAUGAAAAGCACACUUUUUUUUUAAUAAAUUAUUUUGUCAAUACUAGUGGUGGCUAAAAUAUGCUCAGUGUUCGGCCUCCAGAAUUUUUCUAGCAAAGCUUAAAACUCAAAAUUGAUAAACCAUCAUGACAAUAAAAGAAUGAUUGUCCACAGUUACUAUUUUGCCAUAUGCUAAAUAUAUUAAUAAGUAAAAAGCAAAGAUUGGAGCAUGAAAUGGCCAUACAAGAAUAAUUUUCUAGUGAGAUUUUCCCCCGGAUCUUUUCUAUAUGAUUAAGCAAAACUGAAACUUCUAGUGGUAUAAAACAGAACCUUGGAACAAUUUUAAAAAUUAUAUUUAAAAGAAGAAAAAAAAAACCCUUGCUAGUUAUCAAGAAACGUAUGCUGUGGAUCAAGUGGGUGGAUAGGGAGGGAGGACUAAAACUGUAUAAGUAGUGUCAUGCUUUCUACUUGCAACUGCAAAUGUCAGUAUUGUGUAAGUGUCUCUGCAAAAGAAAGUUCUUUCCCUAAAGUUCACAGUUAGUUCUACAAAUACAAUCUUCGUAUGAAGAGCUAAAAAAAGAAACAACAAAAACAGUAUGUGAGGGGCUGUUCAGCUCUGACUCAAUUACAAUAAAAACAAAAACUGAAAUAAGUCAUAAGAACGUAUGCAAAUGCACACUUAGACUAAGCAGGUACCAGCACACAGGAGAUGUAACCAUCAGAUCUAGUUUGCUGCAUGUGCUAUAAACGUGGCAGUGCUGGAGCAAUACAUGCCUGGAGCUAGAAAAUGCACUGCACGCAUGUGCAGCAUCACACUGUGCUCUGGUUUAUAGCAACAGAUCCGUGGUAGCCACUCUUGGGUGGCCUGAGCUCCCUGGCUCCUGGAACUUGGCUAUAUUUAGCCCAGCUGAUGUCGCCUGUCAAGUGUGUCCCGCUGCUGAUAAGGUGCCUUAGUCGACAACAGGGGGGGAUCGAGGGGAGGAGCAGGAUGGGGGCUUCCAUCCAGUGCUUCUUUAGGGGGUCUCAAAAGCCCUGCAGUCACAUUCCUAUGUGAUUCAUACCCUGCUUCCUAGAUGCGGCUUGGAGCUCCACCAGAAACAAAGUGAAGAUGCCAGAGCCUGUAAAGAAAACAGUUUCUGCAUUUACCAAGAAGCCAAAGACAACAGAGGUGACAGCCGGAAACACAGCUGUGUUUGAAGCAGAGACAGAAAAAUCUGGCAUCAAGGUGAAAUGGCAGCGAGCUGGCACAGAAAUUACUGAAAGUGAAAAAUAUGUCAUCAAGACAGAAGGCAACAAGCAUUCACUGACAAUCAACAAUGUAGGAAAAGAAGAUGAUGUGACAUAUGCUGUAAUAGCUGGAAGUUCCAAGGUCAAAUUUGAACUCAAGGUCAAGGAACCAGAAAAGAGUGAGACAGUCACUCCUGCAGAAGCUGUUCCAGCCCCAGCUGCCUCAGAGUCACCUGCUCCACCAGCAGAAAGCAGCCAAAAAACAGAAGUUUCAUCUGCUGAAACACAACCAGAAGAACCUCUGGACCCCAUUGGACUCUUUGUGGCACGACCACAGGAUGGAGAAGUUACUGUUGGUGGAAAUAUCACAUUCACUGCCAAAGUUGCAGGUGAGAGCCUGCUGAAGAAGCCAUCAGUGAAAUGGUUCAAAGGAAAGUGGAUGGACCUGGGAAGCAAAGUGGGGAAACAUCUCCAGCUACAUGACAGUUAUGAUCGAAAUACCAAGGUGUACACCUUUGAAAUGGAAAUCAUAGAAGCAAACAUGACUUUUGCAGGAGGGUACAGAUGUGAGGUGUCUACCAAGGACAAGUUUGAUAGCUCUAAUUUCAGCCUGACAGUCAAUGAAGCACCUGUAAGUGGAGACUUGGACAUUCGAGCUGCCUUCCGCCGCACUACCGAGGGACACGAUGAUGGGGCAGAGUUUAAUUUCAGCUCUCUACUGAAAAAAAGCAGCUUCCUGCGCCCUUCCAACCGAGGUGAAGGAAAAUCUGAAUCACAAUCUGAUGUUGAUGUCUGGGAUAUCCUGAGGAAAGCUCCUCCUACGGAAUACGAGAAAAUUGCUUUCCAGUAUGGUAUCACAGAUUUGCGUGGGAUGCUGAAACGCCUCAAACGCAUAAAGAAGGAAGAGAAAAAAAGCACAGCAUUCCUCAAGAAACUGGAUCCAGCUUACCAAGUAGACAAGGGGCAAAAGAUCAAAUUAAUGGUUGAAGUUGCCAAUCCAGAUGCUGAUGUGAAAUGGCUGAAGAAUGGACAGGAGAUCCAAGUGAGCGGCAGCAAAUAUAUUUUUGAGGCUGUUGGAAAUAAAAGAAUACUGACUAUAAACCACUGCUCUCUAGCUGAUGAUGCAGCAUAUGAAUGUGUGGUAGGGGAUGAGAAGAGUUUCACAGAAUUAUUUGUAAAAGAACCUCCAAUCCUGAUCAUUCACCCACUGGAGGACCAGAUGGUGAUGGUUGGAGAGAGAGUGGAAUUUGAGUGUGAAGUGUCUGAGGAAGGAGCAACUGUGAAAUGGGAAAAGGAUGGAAUUGAACUGACACGAGAAGAAACAUUUAAAUACCGAUUCAAGAAAGAUGGAAAAAAACAGUAUCUCAUUAUUAAUGAGUCAACCAAGGAGGACAGUGGACACUACACUGUGAAGACCAAUGGUGGGGUAUCAGUUGCUGAACUGAUUGUGCAAGAGAAAAAGCUGGAAGUUUAUCAGAGCAUUGCAGACCUGACAGUGAAGGCACGUGACCAGGCAGUCUUCAAGUGUGAAGUUUCUGAUGAAAACGUGAAAGGCAUCUGGCUGAAGAACGGAAAGGAGGUGAUCCCAGACGAAAGGAUAAAGAUCUCCCAUAUUGGCAGAAUCCAUAAGCUAAUUAUUGAGGAUGUAACACCAGAGGACGAGGCUGAUUAUUCCUUCAUUCCACAAGGAUUUGCUUAUAACCUUUCUGCCAAGCUUCAGUUCUUGGAGGUCAAGAUAGAUUUUGUACCAAGAGAAGAACCCCCUAAGAUCCACCUUGACUGUCUGGGCCAAUCCCCUGACACAAUUGUCGUGGUGGCUGGGAACAAACUGAGACUGGAUGUUCCUGUGUCAGGAGAUCCAACACCCACUGUCAUCUGGCAGAAAGUAAACAAGAGAAACGACCUACUUCGAAACAGUGAGGAUUCCAUGACUCUCUCAGAAAACAGCAGUGAUUUAAACACUGAUAAUAAGCUCCUGUUUGAAUCUGAAGGCAGAGUCCGUGUGGAGAUGCAUGAAGACCAUUGUGUCUUCAUCAUUGAAGGGGCAGAAAAAGAGGAUGAGGGAGUUUACAGAGUUAUACUUAAGAAUCCAGUUGGAGAAGACAAGGCUGAUAUCACAGUCAAAGUGAUUGAUGUUCCUGACCCUCCAGAGGCUCCCACAAUCAGCAACAUUGGAGAAGAUUACUGUACUGUGCAGUGGCAACCCCCUAAAUAUGAUGGUGGGCAACCAGUACUUGGCUAUAUUUUAGAGAGAAAGAAGAAGAAGAGCUACCGAUGGAUGAGACUGAACUUUGACCUUUUAAAAGAGCUAACCUAUGAAGCCAAGCGGAUGAUUGAGGGAGUGGUUUAUGAGAUGCGGAUUUAUGCUGUGAAUUCUAUUGGCAUGUCCCGGCCAAGCCCUGCCUCACAACCCUUCAUGCCAAUUGCUCCUCCAAGUGAACCAACCCACUUCACAGUGGAGGAUGUUUCUGACAGCACUGUUUCCUUGAAAUGGAGGCCCCCUGAGAGGAUUGGAGCUGGGGGAUUAGAUGGUUACAUGGUGGAAUACUGCAAAGAUGGAUCUACAGAAUGGAUUCCUGCUCUUCCUGGCCUAACUGAGCGCACAUCUGCACUGAUUAAAGAUCUGGUCACAGGGGACAAACUUUAUUUCCGUGUCAAGGCUGUAAACCUGGCUGGUGAGAGUGGAGCAGCAACAAUAAAAGAGCCUGUUACUGUUCAAGAGAUCCUGCAGCGUCCCAAAUUCUGGCUGCCACGCCAACUCAGACAGACUCUGGUGAAGAAAGUGGGUGAGACAAUCAAUAUUGUGAUCCCUUUUCAGGGUAAACCAAGACCCAAAAUCACUUGGCUGAAAGAUGGUCAAACUUUAGACUCCAAAGAUGUGGGAAUUCGGAACAGCAAUACAGACACCAUCCUUUUCAUCAGAAAAGCAGAGCUGCAUCACUCAGGAGCAUAUGAAGUCACUCUUCAGAUAGAAAACAUGUCUGAUAAAGUUGCAAUAACAAUACAAAUCAUAGACAAGCCUGGUCCUCCUCAGAAUAUAAAGCUUGUAGAUGUCUGGGGAUUUAAUGCAGCCCUGGAGUGGACACCUCCCCAAGACGAUGGCAAUGCUCAGAUCUUGGGCUACACAGUCCAGAAAGCUGACAAAAAAACAAUGGAAUGGUACACGGUUUUUGAUCACUAUCGUCGCACAAACUGUAUCGUGUCAGACCUGAUUAUGGGAAAUGAGUAUUUUUUUCGAAUCUUCAGUGAAAAUUUGUGUGGAUUGAGUGAAACUGCUGCAACCACCAAAAAUCCUGCCCAUAUCCAAAAAACAGGCACCACUUAUAAACCCCCUUGUUACAAAGAACACGACUUCUCUGAAGCUCCUAAAUUCACCCACCCUUUGGUGAACCGCUCAGUGAUUGCAGGAUACAACACCACACUCAGCUGUGCUGUCAGAGGGAUCCCCAAGCCAAAGAUAUUCUGGUUCAAAAACAAAAUGGAUCUCUCUGGGGAUGCCAAGUACCGCAUGUUCAGUAAGCAGGGGGUGUUGACCCUGGAGAUCAGAAAACCCACUCCCUUUGAUGGAGGCAUUUACACCUGCAAAGCUGUGAAUGAGUGUGGUGAAGCUGAAAUAGAGUGCAGGCUGGAUGUCAGAGCACCCCAGUAAACUCUGAAUCUCAGUUGAUCUGCAAGUCAAGUAUUAGAGUGGAACUUGAAAAGAAGAAAAGUGAAGAGAUUAAUGAAACAUGAAUUCUGCUCAUUUAGGAGUCCUGCUCAUCUUAGAAGUCACGUAAUACACAUGUACAAGGAGGCAGCAGUGUUCUGUAUUGUCCUGCUCACUCGGUGUGUUUUCAGACAAUAUUUCCUCUUUUCAUAUGUCUGUCAUAGUUAGGUUGCCCUUGUCUCCACAUGAAGAAAUUGAAAGAAAUCAAGAUAAAAUAUUUCCUCCAUUACAUACAUAAAAUAUAUUUUUUACAAAUAGUAAAAUUAUGUAAAACUGAAAAAACCCUACUUGUUUCCUAAUGUCUGAAACAAGCAUAAAUCCCCCAAUUCUACAGUUCACUCCAUUUUCUCUUUGCAGAACUCUGACAUUCUUCAUAAGAAACAAUAUCUCAGAAUAACGAAGCAGUAAGAUAUUAUUUACAGUAUAUAAUCAUUAUAAUUGACUCUGUACAGCAGAAUGUAACUUUCAUUCCUACUGUUUUUACUGUCAGUGACUGCUUGAAAUAUCCACUGUUGUGCUCUCGAGCAGAACUGUGUCCAAACCACACCACUUGGGAACCACUGGCUAUAGCUACUGUUCUCCUUAUAGAAAAUAAUUCCUUUGAUAAUUACUCAUUAUUAAUGAGUAAUUUCUAGCUUUUAAAAAGACACCAGCAGGGAAUUCCAGUUAUUAGAUGUUUUUUUCUACCAAUCAGAGACACCACACGAAUCUACAAGGAUAAUUUUGCACAUCAGAUGAAACAGUGAAAAUUCUAGCAAGGGAGACUAUUUGCACAUAAAUAAAAAAUUUUAAAGUAGAAGCUUGGAAUGAAUGUAAUAAACUCACUAUCAUAACUCUUCCUGAAGGUUUGUGAAAGGCUAUGAGUGAUAUGUAGGCACUUUUGCAGAUGAUUUUGUCUAAGCAAAUGACACAAUAGCAUUUCUAGCUUCUCACCUACAAGUUUGAGGAGUAUUUGGGGUAGGAUUUUUUCUGCACUAGUUGAUAGUUUCUGGCUGGGAGGUAAAUUUUAAUGAUCACAGUACAGGAGACAGCAGGAAGAUGAUAUUAAUCCAGGCAGCAUUGACUUCUGGAAGAAGCUACACAAAGGAACUGAAGUAACACACCUACCCUGCCUCCAGCAUGCCACUUGGGAUGGCAAAGCCUAUCUGACACAGCAUGUUAGUUGUAUUAACCAGAUGUAUUAAUGCAUCUUCAUAAUAAAAGCACUGAUCAUCAUGAGAUGUGUAUUUUAAUGAUUUCAUUAUGGUAUCAAAACAGAAAAGGAUAUCCUCUAAAUCCAAAGCAAACUUAUUCCAGGUUAACACUUGUCUGUUGCACAUUGUUGUUAUUCAACAAAUAAAUAAAAUUUUAAAAGGAAAAUAUGCA